AAAACAUAAUAUACUUUUGUACCACAAACCACCAGAGGCUUUUGUGACCCGCUUGAAAACAACAGUUCAGAAAAGGACGAGGACAUUGCUGAAGGAAGCAGGAUAGUGCAGCUUCCCCUCCAGCUACCGGUCCUGCAGGAAGACAACCAGCUCCUGCACCGGCAGUCCCAGCUCCUGUGCCGGAUCUGCUAGGUGACUUGAUGGGAUUAGAUAAUGCAGCAAUUGUCCCGGUUGAUGAACCCACAACUUCGUCUGGUCCUCCGUUGCCCAUUGUCGUGCCAGCUUCCACCGGUCAAGGUCUGCAGAUAAGUGCUCAACUAACCCGAAGGAUUGGGCAAGUGUUCUACAGUAUGCUCUUCGAGAACAACACGCAGGUGGUGGUUGAUGGUUUCAUGAUUCAGUUCAACGAGAACACAUUCGGUCUUGCAGCUGCUGGACCUCUUCAGAUUGUGCCUUUACAACCAGGAACAUCUGCCAGUACAAUGCUACCUACAGUCGUGUUGCAGAACAUGCCUGCUGGGCCUCCAAGCUCGCUCUUACAAGCAGCUGUCAAAAACAAUCAGCAGCCUGUUUGGUUACUUCAACGAUAAGAUUAUACUUCAUGCUCUUUUCGGUGAAGACGGUAGAAUGGAACAUGGAACCUUAACAUAUUGUACAAGAUACACUUAAAACCAAUGUAAAUAGAUAGGUUUCGAAGAUUUGGUUUUGGUUCUCUGGAACAUUCUGGUUUGUUUGUGUGUGUUUCAGACAUGGAGGUCGUUACCAGACUCAAAUGAAGUCCAGAGAGAGUUUCCAGGGAUCACCAUCACGAGCGUGGAAUCAACUAUUUAUUUGCUCGCAGCAUUCAACAUGUUCUUAAUAGCAAAGCGCAAGAAUGGGAACCAAGACGUGAUAUAUUAAUCAGCAAAGGUUCCGAGAGAUAUGAUGAUUGCGCAGUGAUGGUGGGCCAACCAGGUCUCAAAUGCUCAGUAAAAACUCCCACUCCUGAGAUUGCGCACCUUUUCUUCGAAGCCAUGAUGAUUGACAAUUUUGCCAAGGUUUUCAGAUUUUUUUUGUUGUUUCUUUAUUUUGAUAUUUUCUAACACCUGUUUUCUUUCAACACUAUUUUAUUGAAACUGAUUUAGAACCUAUUA